GCUGAAGGCCUCUGGACUCGCAUCGGGAGCGCUCUGCCCCCCCGCGCUCCACCUGCGCUCCCCGGCGGCCUUCCGGCCUCGGCGUGCCGCCUGCGCAAUGGCGCGCCGCCCUCGGCCUCUGGGCCGGGCGCCAGACGUUGGGCUCGGCGGGCCACCCGGCGGAGCUGGCGGAGGCUUUGGGCCCGACGACCUCCGCGCCGCCCUCGCUCCCCGGCGGCCCGGUGGCCUCGGCGUGCCCGCUGCCGUGGCGCGCCGCCCUCGGUCGACCAGCCGGGCGCCGGCCGCCGGGCACGGCGGGCCGGACGUUCAGCUGCCCCGCGGGGAGGCCGCCGCCCGAGGCCGCGGCAGGGCCCGCGCGGCCGGGGCCGGCGGGGGCGGCGGCCCGCCAGGCGCCGCGCAGCGGCGGGUCGAGGGCGGCGCCCGCACGCAGGCCGUGGCGAAGCUCGUCGUGACGAGCGUGGCCGCCCGGAGGACCGCGGCCGCGGAGCAGCUCUCGAGCGAGGCGGUGCAGGGCUGCAGCCCCACGGCCGCGAGGGCGUUCCACCUGCUGGUGCUGCGCGCGAGCGCCAACAUGCGCUGCCCCGGGGCGGCGGCGUGGUGCCUGGGCCACCUCCAGCGGAACGGCCACGUGUUGGACACGGCCAUGAUCAACGCGGUGCUCAACGCGUUCGCGAAAUUGGGCGACGUCAGCACCGCGGAGCACUAUUGGCGGGUCAUGCAGAACGCCGGCCUGCUCCCGAACGUCGUCUCCUUCAACCUGAUGCUGAACGCCUGCGCCCAGGCUCACGAUGCGGAGCGCGCGGAGUGGUGGUUCUGCGAGAUGCUCUCUCGUGGAGAGAGGCCCAGCCGUAUCAGCUACGCUACCCUCGUCGGCGCCCACGCGAAGCUCGGCAACGUCCAGCGGGCCGAAGCGUGGUCCGAGAGGAUGAGCGAGGCGGGAUUCGACGCGGACGAGAUAGUGUUCAACUCCCUCAUAAACGCAUGUGCGAAGGCGGGCAUGCAGCAGAAGGCCGAGCAACUCGUCAACACGAUGCUGUCUCGGAAUAUCGUGCCUACGCGGAAGGCGUAUCACGGCGUCAUCCAGGCUUGCAUUACCUCUGGCGACUUGUCGGUCGCAGAAUCUUGGUUCGCCCGCAUGAACAUCGCAGGCUGCACUGCAGACGUGGUCACCUUCAGCUCCAUGAUCUACGUCGCCGUCGGGACAGGAGACUACAGGCGCGCCGUCGAGUGGACGUCGCAGAUGUGGCUGCGCGGAGUGGCGCCUUACGAGAUCACGUUCAAUACCAUGAUCCACGCGAGCCUCACGGGCGGCACGCAGGCGGACAUAAAGCUGUGGCUGCGGCGCAUGCUCGAUGAGGGGUUCCAGCCCGACCAGGUCACCCUGUCGACGCUCUCGCGGAGCCGCUCCGUGGGCGCGGGCCCUGGCGCCUCCGCGGCAGAGGGGGCGGCCAGGCCUUCGGAGUGGGCGCGCGCAGCGGGCGCCGCGGCGGCGCGGCCCCGGGUGGAGGACGGCACGCCUCCGCCGCGGGAGUCGCCAGCCCACCGGAUGCUCCCGCGGCGGCCUCGGGGCCUCGGGAGGCCCCUCGACGGCCCGGCCUGGCCAGCGCCGCAGCGCAUCGUGCUGGCGGGGGCGCCCCACGCGGCCACGUCGAGCAGCGGCCCAGGCCCUGGCGGCCACGUGCGAGGGCAGCGGGAUGGAGCGGCGCGGAGCUGGCAGGCGAGCCGGGCCUCGAGCGUCUCCGCGAGCUCGAGUCCGGCGGCAGGCGGCGCCCAGAGCCCGCCGGGCGGCGCG